CACUGCAUUUGCUAUUCAGGCCUUUUCUCCCUCAUAUGCAUGCUCUGACUUCAUGCUGUGGAAAACAGCAUUUAACUCUAGUAAGUUGAUGAAUUUAUUUCUGGAUAUACUAAGUACCACCUUACCCCAGAACUUGAGCCCGAUGAACUUUCAAGAAAUGGAACCGCUAUUGCAUCUAAAUCUAUAGAAGAUACAGUGUGGGUAGAAGGUCUUGUUCCAGGCAUUGAUUUUUGCAACCACGGUGUAAGGCCCAACGCGACAUGGGAAGUUGAUGGAACUGGAAUGACAAGUGGAGUUCCAUAUUCUAUGUACCUUUCUUCAGUUGAAGAAGGUCCUUUCAAAAGUGAUAACGAGAUAUUAAUUAGCUAUGGAAACAAAGGGAAUGAGGAGCUCCUGUACCUGUAUGGAUUUGUAACGGAAGAUAAUCCCGAUGACUAUCUCAUGGUUAAUUACCCUGUGGAGGCCAUUCAGGACAUACCUUACUCUGAGUCCAAAUCACACCUCCUACAAGCACAGAAAGCGGAGUUGAGGUGUUUGUUACCAAGAAAUUUGUUGGAAAAUGGUUUUUUUCCUCCAUGCAUGCCUCAAACAGAAAACCAUGAUAAACAGCCAAGUAAUCAAAUGAAAAACUAUAGUUGGAGCGGCGAGCGCAAGAUUCCUUCUUACUUGAAUAGGCUUGUUUUCCCUGAAGAAUUUAUGACUGCCUUGAGAACUAUAGCAAUGAAAGAAGACGAGCUGUAUAAGGUCACAUCACUACUUAGUGAGCUUUCUUCACCUGGAAGUGAUAGCCAACCAUCUGACGCGGAAGUUCGAGCAGCAAUUUGGGAAGCGUGUGGUGAUUCUGGAGCCUUGCAAAUGCUUGUUGAUCUGCUUCAUGUGAAGAUGAUGGAUCUUGAAGAGGGUUCUGGGAGCGAGGAGAAUGACACCGAAUUACUACACAGAGGCUGCUCCUCCUUAGAUGAUGACUCAGUUGAGAACGAAGGAAAAAUGAGCAGAAACAGUUGGUGUAGUAUAGUGUACCGCCGAGGGCAGAAACAGCUCACGCGCCUUUUCCUCAGGGAGGCCGAGCACGCCUUGCAAUUGGCAUUGGUCGAAGGAAACUAGAAUUCGUUGCGCUCUAUUUUUACGUUAUCUUUAGCUCGCAUUUUGUUGGCCAUUUCAGUCUUUUCCUUCUGUUUCUAUAGACACAUGCAAAUGAAAUUUUGGAGGGAUGGGAUUCAAGAGUACUUGUCUUGCAAUUUGUUUGUAAUACAUUCAGUACUUCUGCCCAACUUUUGGUGACCAGCUCUAGGAUUAAGAAAAUAAAAAUUGUGUAAUUGAUGCAAAGGAAAAAUGAAGUAUAUAUUACCCAUUGUCACUUUCUUUAAAAGAAAUCUGUUACCAUUUG